UCACAGCUGUUUUUGAGGGAGUCACGUGGUCCGCCAUAUUGUGAUUUCCCCCGGAGUUUCAAUCAGUUUCAAUGUGUUGGGCAUGCCAUGUGCUCAGACAUUAUUGUUGGUUUACAACUUCAAAAGUAUCUGAAUCUCCAAUAAAGACCGAGUGAGAGAUAUUUAAAUGGACUAAAGUUUCAAUCUAGAAAAUUUUUUAAAAAAAAAAAAAAACAAGUGGCAUUUCGUGGUGAAAGUUUUAACCUCAAUCUGCUAUUUACUUGGGCAAUUGAAUAGCUGCUAAAAUGGGGAAAAAUCACCGACAUCAGAAGAACUUGAAGUCCGAGAGGUCAAAAGUGAAGUUAAAAGCAAAAAAGCCAAAAAUCCUCCCCAAAGGGCAGAACCUCACCGACACGAGUUUCAAAGUGAAGAAGAUUAUCAUAAGGGAGCAGCUGAAGUCUCACGAGUUGGAUGAGAUUGUCAGUCGUCGUAAACUCAACGUCAAGGAGUUAUUGACCCGCCUCCAGCACCACAAUUCGGCAGUUCGCCAGGAGGCCAUCAAGGAAUUAAAAGAGAUCCUGCAAAAUUACCCACCCGAGCUUCUCAGCUCGCACCUCAACGCCCUCCUCCAGGGCAUCUCCUCGCUGGCCCUCGACAAGGAGAGAGACAUUCGAAGGGACACCCUCAGGGUCCUCUCCCUCGUCCUGUCUCCCCUCUCCAGCGAUCAGCUCUCACCUUUCUCUGAGAUCCUCGUCUCCUACCUGAGGUGUGCAAUGACCCACAUUAACCCCUCGAUAAAAGAGGACUCCCUCGCCUUCCUCGACGUUCUCGUCCACUCCUGUCCCUUCCUCGUCUCCAGGAACGCUCGCAAGAUACUCCCGAACUUCCUCGACAUGAUUUCCAGCCACAAUCACACCUCCACGUCUCGACAGCUCACGACAACCCUCAGCUCCAGAAAUACCGCCAUCAAGUGGCGAGUCAAAGUCCUCCAGCGUCUCUCCAGCAUCUUCAACUCGAUCAUCAAUGACCUGAGGUCGCAAAAAAAUUUGAAGAGACAUUCGGAAGUCAGAAAAAUCCUCGUCGACGACGACACGAAUUGCCUCAGCUUCUUCUGGGGAAAUAAUCUUGAUAUUUGCAAUAUUGGGGCUGACGAGGACGAGGGCGUGCUGGGGGGUGCGGGAUUCAGUGAAGAUGACUUUAAACGUUACGUCAAGGUCCUCGUACCUCUGAUGAUGGACAGCUGGGUCGAGGUCAGGCCCAAAGAGGUCGAGGCAGAGGGGGGAAGUCUGUUGUCGCAAGAGGCAGUCGAAAUGCUGAGGGUUAUCGUGAAGAUUUUCAUGAAUUUUUUGGAUAUUCUGGAGGUUUUCGAUGGGGAGGAAGUGAGCGAGUGGUUCGGCGGGGAGGUUUCGGAGGGAUUUGCCAAGUUUUUCGGGGAGGGAUUCCCGUAUGGAGCGGUUAAGAGGGUGGAGAGGGGUCGGAAGAGACAGGGGGACUUUGGAGAGGGCGACGAGGUGGGGGUGCUCCAGGAGAAUUUAGGGGUCGGGGUGGUUCUUGCGGGAAUCGUCGGGAGGCGACCGCUUGGCGAGCUGGAGAGAGAGGGGCUGGAGGGAGUUGUUCAGUAUGUCUGUGAGCGAUUGAGGAAUUGGAGCAGCAAUGAUGCACCUGCUUUACCCAUUUUGUCCAACUUCUUGAGGAUUUUGUUUCUGAAGGCGAGUAAAAAUUUGUACGGUAAUGGGGUCAACCUUGGAAAUAUUCUCCGGGGAACUAUUUCCGCAGCUUGCAGACAACCAAAACGAGAAUUGCAGAACCACUUGUUUGGCAUUCUUGGAGAUAUUGUUUUGGAUCAUCGCUUGAACGAACUCCAAAGGGAGUCCUCAUUCAAAAAUUUCGUCAAAACUCUGCCAGAUUUACUAUUGAAUGAAAACAUUCAUGACAAUACGAUACAGAUGUUGAAUCGCGCUGUUCUACAACAUGGAACUUGGAUUCGUGGAGAACUGGCCAAAAAGCAGGACCAAAUCAUUGAAAAUGCGAAGAGAAUUGAGAUUAUUGGAUCUCCCGACGACAAAGAAUCCAGGCUGAUGAUUUGCAAUUUAUUACAUUUCUUGGAUGGUCAAAUAUAUUUCUAACAAAUUUCGGAUGUUAUCGACAACUUCCUGGGACGUGUAAAUAAUUCUUGCUGAAUAAAUUCUAAUAGCACAAUUUUCUUUCAA